AUGAAGAGCGUCGCUUCCACUGUAUACCAGAGCUUUCACAAGUAUUGGUCUUCUCCGUGUGGAGAUCGUUCAAUCAUAAAAGACAAAUGUACGGUCCAGAUGCUUUCCAGCACUGCUCGUAGGGUUCCAUGUAUUGGAAGCGAGUCUUCAGAGAACAAUCCAAACAGGCAGGAGGAGGUUUCAUCAUCAAAUUCACGGUAUCGUAAAUUUGACACCUCAUCUUACCAGCAGCGUGCAGAAGCCCUUGAAGGAUUGCUCGAGUUUAGUGUACAACUAUUGCAGCAAGGACACUUCCCUGAGCUCACAGUGUUACUGAAACCAUUUGGACCUGAAAAGGCUUCUCCAAGAGAAACUGCUAUUUGGCUUACAAAGAGUUUCAAGGAGAAUAUUGAGUGA